AUGAAAAUUUGCAUGGGAAUCAUGAAAAUAGCACGAAGAAGGGUGUUAACGUCUCUCUGCUACUGCUUUGUGAUGUUUAUUGUCCUCCUGUGGCUCUACAAGUGGUCCCUGGAUGACACUCACAAUGCCAUCUCGUCGCGAAGGAAGCCAAAGGAGGAGAUUGUUGUUGCUGUUGUAACGUGUGGCUCAAGACUCCAUGAAACGCUCAACAUGCUGAAAUCUGUGCUCCUCUUCAGUACCGGCGAGUACCCAAUUAAAUUUGUCAUAGUCACAGAGGAGGAUUUGAUGCAGAAUUUCUCAGAGAAGCUGGAGGAUUGGAGUGAAAUCCUAAAGGGACAUUUUACCUACGAACUCCUGGCACUAACAUUCCCAGAGAAAAAUCGCGAGGAGUGGAUAAAUCUCUUUAAACCCUGUGCAGCACAGAGACUCUUCCUCCCAAGUCUUCUCAAACAUAUUGAUUCUGUCCUGUACAUGGACACAGAUACCCUCUUCCUGUCAUCUGUCGUGGAUAUUUGGAAGAUGUUUCAGCAAUUCAAUGAAUCUCAAAUUGUGGGAUUGUCUCCGGAGCACGAGGACAGCAGCGUUGGCUGGUACAAUCGCUUUGCAAGGCACCCAUUCUAUGGGCCUCUUGGACUCAAUUCCGGUGUGAUGCUGAUGAAUCUCACGCGAAUGCGCAAUUUUGAGUGGGAACAGAAGAUUCUUCCCAUCUACAAGGAGUACCGAACAAAAAUAACAUGGGGUGAUCAAGAUCUCAUAAAUAUCCUCUUCCACUUUCACCCCGAGAAGCUCUACGUCUUCCCGUGUGAGUGGAAUUAUCGUCCUGACCACUGCAUGUACAUGAGUGUGUGCAAAGCUCCGAGUGGUGUGAAGAUUGUCCAUGGGAAUCGUGGGUACUUUCAUUCAGAGAAGCAACCGGCCUUUAGGGAAAUAUUUGCUGCCAUAGAAGAGUACCAGAUCGGUUCGGAUCCGUACAGACACUUCCUUUUGCCGCUAAUUGUAAGAUUUAAGGAUAUCUCCGUUACCAAUUCCAAUUGCGGCAAAGUUACGGACAAAUUCCUCUACAAGGCUAAACAAUUAUUCAAGGAUAAUUUCUACAAUUACGAGUGAGUUUUUGGCAUUGUGAUAGGAAGUUUGAAUCUUCAUUUUAUUAAUUAAAAUUCUACAAUGGACAAAAAGUACAUCGACUUGCCAUAUAAAAGAUUGUGAAGCAGCAGUAUUUUUUUUAAUUGUUCCUGUCUUGUAUUUUUAUGUGUACACUAACCUUCUUUAUAAAAAAAAAAUCAUGUGCCUUUAAUAUUAAAAGAAACCUUUAAAUAAAAUUAUUUGUUCUUUGAUAUCAAAUAUUAAUUAAAGGAUUUUUUUUGGGUCUGUAAUAAAAAUUUGAGAACGAAGGGAAUCGAAUCUCGGUGAUUGCUCGUUUUCCAGUUAAGAUAGGAAUAAAUGAAUGGAAGUAACUUGAUCACGGAAUAAAAAUUAGAAGAAGCAGAAAACUGUACAUCUGGAUUUAUUUUUCAUAAAAAGUUAAGAAGUUUAAAAGAAAAUAAACAGAAAAGAAUUA